AUGGCCCCCAUCGCCAUCAACAACCAGACCACCACUGUCGCUGCCUACCCCGCUGGCACUGCCCUCCCCGCCGAGCGCAAGGCAGUGUACAAGAUUGCCCAGAUUGGCGGUGACGGCAUCGGUCCCGAGGUCAUCAACGCCGGUGUCCGCGUUGUCAACGCCGCGGCCAAGAAGCUCGGGACCUUCAAGGUCGACUUCAAUGAGCUGGAUUGGUCCAGCGACCGCUACAAGAAGACCGGCAAGUAUCUCCCCGAGGACUACAUCGAGGUGCUCAAGCAGCACGACGCCAUCUUUUUCGGCGCUGUUGGCGCUCCUGACGUGCCCGACCACAUCUCGCUCUGGGGUCUCCGACUGGCCAUUUGCCAGCCGCACAUGUAUGCCAACGUGCGCCGCACCCGCAUCCUCCCUGGCACCCAGUCCCCUCUUCGCGACUGCGCGGCCGGCGACCUCGACUGGUGCAUCAUCCGCGAGAACUCGGAGGGCGAGUACGCCGGCCACGGCGGCCGCUCGCACCGUGGCAUGCCCUACGAGGUCGGCACUGAAGUGACCAUGUUCACGCGCGUCGGCAUUGAGCGUAUCGCGCGCUUUGCUUUCCAGAUUGCGCGCUCGCGUCCCCGCAAGCUCCUCACGUACGUCACCAAGUCGAACGCCAUGCGCAACGGCAUGGUGCUGUGGGACGAGGCGGUCGAGAACGUCGCCCACGAGUUCCCGGACGUCAAGAUGGACCACAUGCUCGUCGACGCGAUGACGGUCCGCAUGACCCUUAACCCCAAGUCGCUUGACACGAUUCUGGCCACCAACCUCCACGCCGACAUCCUCAGCGACCUCGCCGCCGCGCUCGCCGGUUCGAUCGGCAUCGCCCCCACCGCCAACAUUGACCCCGACCGUGUCAUGCCCUCGAUGUUCGAGCCCAUCCACGGCUCGGCCUUUGACAUCACCGGCAUGGGCCUCGCCAACCCCGUCGGCACCUUCUGGUCGGCCUGCGAGAUGCUUGAGUGGCUCGGCGAGACCGAGGCCGCCGAGAUGAUCAUGAAGGCCACCGAGAAGGCUUGUGUCGACGGCAUCAAGACUCGCGACCUCGGUGGCAGCGCCACCACUGAGGAGGUCGCCGACGCGGUCAUCGCCCGCCUGCAGUAG